AUGAGAGACCAGGUCCAGAUCACUGAGAAUAACCUCAGUCCAGCUAUUCAAAUAUGCACAGUCAUUUUCAUCAUCCCAACCGUUCUUGCUGUGGGAGGACGCAUUUUUACCAAGCUUGCCUUUGUGCGAAAACUAGAUUGGGAUGACUAUAUGGUCUUCGUGGCUUUCAUCUUCAGCCUUGGGCAAGCGGCAACUGUUUUUUUAUGUUGCGCCAACGGCCUUGGACAACCUUGGACUACAUUGUCGGAUUCGCAGAAAAUUACAUUCCAAAAGUCAAGUUAUGCCUCGGGGCUUUUACUUAUAUGGACCCUGGUCCUUACGAAACUCUCGAUAAUAUCAUUCAUUCAGAAUUUGACUCCCAAUACCCUCGAAAUAACAGUUGGACAUUGCAUGGGUGUUUUUCUGGUGUUUUGGGGAUUAGCUUCUGAAUUUGCUGCAGCAUUCCAAUGUUCAGUUCCCAAUGUUUGGAAACAGGAAGGGAAUAAGUGCUUCAGUAUCAUACUCUUCUGGGAAUGUUUUUUCAUUCUGAACAUUUUUACUGACUUGGUCCUUAUCAUCUGGCCAGCAAUUGUUAUCGGCAAAGUUCGCACAGGUUGGCAUCGGCGGAUUAUAAUUAUCAUAUGUUUUGCGUGCCGAUUCUUCGUAAUUGGAGCCAGUAUAGCACAAGUUAUCUUCUUACAUCGAGCAAGAGGAUCGCAUGAUUUGACAUUUAGCUCCUGGCAGCUCGCGAUAUGCACACAACUUAUGCAAUGUCUGAGUAUCGGUACGGCAUGCAUCCCAUAUCUUCGGCCAUUCCUAGAUAGUCUUGAGUCUGGCUUGCUCAGAAGUGAUGACCUCCGACGCCGAGGAAUGGUGGGUGCUUACGGCUACGGAGGUACCCCAAGCAUGUUCUCUUCUGGCAAGAAAACAAUAAACACCUCGAAAACCUCGAAGACUUCGAAGAACAGCCACUCACACAUAAACCCUUCGACAGACGAAAUUCCUUUAACGCCUAGAGUUAAGUGGGGUGCUGGAAGUUCCACGAAAAUCCAAGCUAAUCCACACCAUGCUUGGGAUAAUGAAACGAUUUCAAGUCGAGCCGAGAUUACACUUUCCACUACGUGGUCAGUAAAGGACACUCGGGGUUCGGGAUGA